UGCCCCAUACAAGGUAGAGGACCUAACAUUGUUGUCUCCUCUUAAUGCGUAGACUGUUGUCAGCACUUUGUCAUACCUAAAGAAUUUGUAACAAUAACAAAAACAGGAUGUGCAACUCAGUAACGGUUGAUGUUCUGGGAACGAACCGCCUACGCAAUACGAGGCUACCUUUUUAAUUAAGUUAGUAAUAAGUUCAGAUUCUAUUGUAGAGCUCCGUCGAUCAGACGUAUAGGUUAAGUUUAGUUUUUAAAAAAGCUCGACGACUACCACGACAUUUGACUGGCGCAGUCGGGUUGGAUUCUGUCAAUAGGCUUGACACAAAGAAUUCCAAACUCAGUUCAACGUGUACAGGCCGACGGGAUCCAGCGAACCUAUAAAUUUGUCAACGCUCGCAUGUUAGUCGUCGCAGCGCCGCCGCAGCUUUAAAGAGGAGGAAUGGGUGCAGCCGGACGGUUCGUAGCCCUACUGCUGGCCCAAGCCAUCGUGAUCCAGGGCCUGCAACUCCAGAAGAUUAAAAAGAAUCCUGGUAUACUCCCUAUCAAGCAAGGACAAGCGGCCAUCAGCCACAACAAAUGGACCAUCUUAAAGGUUUUAAAUCUAAAUUUAAUACAUCAAGAUUUGGAAUUUAAUAUAAAUCGUUAUGCCAAUUUGAAUCGACAUGUUGCUCUACACUUCUCUAAUCAAAACUUAAGUCAUGAAGUAUCUAAUAUAAAAACUCAAACCGAUCACAUAAUGAAUUGCACCAUUGAAAAAUUUAAACAAAUCGUUCCAAUUAAACGUAUUAAACGAGGAAUCAUAAACCCUCUAGGAUCAUUAGUUAAAAUGCUAACAGGUAAUCUGGAUAAUGAUGACGCCGUAAAAUAUGAUAAAUGGAUUAGUGAUAUCCAAAAUAACCAGGGUGUGUUAAACAAAAGGGUCACCCUAAUUGCCGAAACAGUAAAAUCACUUGUAAACGUUUCAAUUUCUGCAAAUAAUGCUGUAAUUCAAAUAGAUAAGAUCCUCUGGGAAAUCCGUAAACAAUUUAAUGACACAAAAAAGGCUUUCACCGAUACGAAAUUAAUUAAUGCUUAUAACUUGUUUCUACACAAUUUUCAGAUGCUCUAUAUCACAAUAGAUGAGGUUGAAAAUGCUAUUGCAUUCAGUAAAUUAAGAACUCUACAUCAAUCAUUGAUAGAGACUGAGGAAUUGUUGGAAAUACUAAUUAAAGUUUCGAAAUCAAAUAAAUUAAUGUAUGAAGUUAACUUAGAAAAUUUAUCUAAAUUAGAACAAUGUAUAGAAAUUAAGGCUUAUUCAAAGCAAAAUCAGAUAACAUUCGUAUUGGAAGUGCCACUUGUCGACCGAGAUAUGUAUACGUACUACAAAGUAAUUCCCUUACCUGUUACCAAUUCCUUUAAUCAAACUGUUUUUAUAAUUCCUAAAAAUCCCUACCUAUUAGCGAAAGGGUUGAAAACUGUGUCGCUCUCUACACCCUGCAAGGAGAUCGACAAAGAAAUGUUCCUGUGCAACAAGGAUGUACUGCAGUCCACAAUCAAGGACUCUUGCAUCGACGCCUUGAUGAAGCUCUCCACCAACAUCAGCUCCUGUAUUCCUGUUGUAGCAAAAACGGGAAAACCAAAAAUAGAACCAAUUGAGGAUAAUCAAUGGAUUCUCUACAGUAAAACUACAAUCUUGUUAACAAAAAUGUGUAAUUCAGAAGAAACAAUAGAAAGAUUAUGUUGGUACAUAUAUACUUAUCCUGGAUGA